AGCGAAACAGAAGUUUAAUGCUUUCAUGGCAGGUUUGGCACCAGAAGGAUCACAGUUUGAUGCUAAGCAAUAUGACGCCAAAAUGAAUGAAUUGCUCUCAAGUGAUGGACAAGAUUUCUUCACCACAUAUGAUGAGGUUUAUGACAGUUUUGAUGCAAUGGGAUUGCAAGAGAACCUUCUGAGAGGCAUCUAUGCUUAUGGUUUUGAGAAGCCUUCUGCUAUCCAACAAAGGGGAAUUGUUCCAUUUUGUAAGGGUCUUGAUGUUAUUCAGCAGGCCCAAUCUGGAACUGGAAAAACGGCAACAUUUUGCUCCGGCAUUCUGCAGCAACUUGAUUAUGCUACAGUUCAAUGUCAAGCGUUGGUGUUGGCUCCGACUAGAGAACUGGCACAGCAGAUUGAGAAAGUUAUGCGUGCCCUUGGUGAUUAUCUUGGUGUGAAGGUUCAUGCUUGCGUUGGUGGAACAAGUGUUCGUGAGGACCAGCGCAUUCUUCAAGCAGGUGUUCAUGUUGUUGUGGGCACUCCUGGUCGUGUGUUUGACAUGUUGAGAAGGCAGUCUCUUCGCCCAGAUUACAUUAAGAUGUUUGUACUGGAUGAGGCUGAUGAGAUGCUUUCACGUGGUUUCAAGGAUCAGAUUUAUGAUAUUUUCCAGUUGCUGCCAGCAAAAGUUCAGGUAGGAGUGUUCUCUGCUACCAUGCCACCAGAAGCUCUUGAGAUCACAAGGAAGUUCAUGAACAAGCCUGUUAGGAUCUUGGUUAAGCGUGAUGAGCUUACCCUUGAGGGUAUCAAGCAGUUCUAUGUCAAUGUUGAGAAAGAAGAAUGGAAACUUGAAACACUCUGCGAUCUGUAUGAGACCCUAGCCAUCACCCAGAGUGUCAUUUUUGUCAACACACGGCGCAAGGUGGACUGGCUCACUGACAAGAUGCGUGGCCGUGACCAUACAGUCUCGGCCACCCAUGGGGAUAUGGACCAGAACACCCGUGAUAUCAUUAUGCGGGAAUUCCGUUCUGGCUCUUCUCGAGUUCUCAUCACCACUGAUCUCUUGGCCCGCGGUAUUGAUGUGCAGCAAGUCUCCCUUGUGAUAAAUUAUGAUCUGCCGACUCAACCUGAAAACUACCUUCAUCGAAUCGGAAGAGGUGGACGGUUUGGAAGAAAGGGUGUUGCCAUUAACUUCGUGACAAGGGAUGAUGAGAGAAUGCUGUUUGACAUUCAGAAGUUCUACAACGUGGUUAUUGAGGAACUGCCGUCGAAUGUUGCUGAUCUUCUGUGAUGCGAAUUUUUGGUGCUUGUUGAGAAAGGGUUUCUUAUUUUGCAAGUACUAUUUAACGUGUUGUUUUCCAUCCUGUUUAGUGUCUUAAUUUAAUAUUUUCAGACAUCUGACAGUUUAUCUCAUAUCAGCCUUCUCAAUUGCAAUCUGAAGGGAUUGUCUAGUUCUUAUUUACUUUUUAUUUUUAUUUUUUGGGUCCUCUUGGAAAGUUUUGCUUGAUGGGUUUUUGUACUAUAUACCCUUUUUACCUUUCUAUAAAUUAUUGUCAUAUUGUUUACUAGUCA